CAAUAUUCAUAAGCAGAACAUUCGGCAUUGGGUGGUUGUCACGAUACGUUGGCAUGAUGUACUUAAUAUUCAUGAAGCAGACAUUCGGCAUUGGAGGAUUACCACGCUGCGUCAGCAUGAACUUAUUAAUAUACAUGAACUCAUUUUGCAUGUUAACACAAAAGAAUCAUGAUACGCGACAAAAAAAAAGAAAAAAGAUAAUUAUUAAAAAUGGCUACUUUUGAAAAAUAUUUUGCUAAAAAAAAAAAACCACUAGAUUUAGAUAAAAAUUUGGCAUAGCCAACAUAACCUCCUGCAUCCCUCUGUCCUCGUACGAGGACAUUAUAUUUUAGUGAAUUUCUCUGACACCAUACAUGUCACAUUUUUAAGUCUGGAUGUCCUGUAAAGAGCACAUUCAGGGCUUUUGAGAGAAACCAAAUGUUUGGAGGUUUCACCAGGACAGCAACUUCUCCUUGGUCUUUAAAGCUGCAGUCCGUAAUUUUGCCUCUUUGUCGCUAUCUCUGUUUGAAACCUCCAAAUGCAGUUGUUUGCGGAAUUAUUAUCUUUACGUGCUUUGUGCCUCGGCACGGCUCCUCAGCGCGGAUGAAUCUAAUGUUUGCUGUCAGUCACCACAUCGGCGUGGAUACCGUACUUCGAAAUCACAGAUUGUAGUCUUGGAAGUAUGACCAAAAUGAGAAUUUUCACCGGAGAAUAUCAUCUGAACAAGUAAGUAACAUGUCUGCCACUUUUGUUCUGACUGAGGGAAAAAAAGCAUUACAGUAAAUCGCGCUGCCUGUGGUGAUUAAAUCUAACGAUCGCUUAGCUCAUAUCACAUCAAACCGUGCAAAUUAUUAUUAUUGUUAUACUUUGUUCUCAAAUUGUUAAUGUUAACAACAUCAGCAUUGCGUGACUAUGUGUAUUUAGAGUGUAUUAGGGUUACCUGUAGAUUUCAAUUUCUGUACAGUCUAAUAACGUUAAUUUGUCAUACAAUCUGCCCUCAAAAUGAUAAGUUUAAUUAUUGCAGCUGCUGUGAGAAAAGGCUAUUAAUGAUCUGCCUCACAUGCAAUAUAGCCUACUAGUUGGGACUUGUUCUUUAUGUAUUUAUCUGACGCAAUGACGCAAAAACAAACGGCGACAUGCUUGAAUUUCCCGCGGAAACCCACCAGUACCACCCGAAUCAUAAAACAUUAUUACAAGCUUACCAUUGUGAAUCGGGCUAAGGUAAGGAGGUAGUUUUGAACACUGGCUGGUUAUGUAUGCUCAAAAAUUGAUUUUGGAUCAUUUUUAACCAAAAAACAUUAUGGACAGCAGAUUUAAAAAUGACUGAAUGAUCAAAUUUAGCACUCUUAUGGAAAUAUGAUAAUAUUUUAUAAUUAUCAUUUAAAUCUGAUUAAAUUGUUUGUUAUAAAUCAACAUCUCGGGAAAAUGCUAUGGGGUUUCUAAUCAAAAUAUGACUUUCUGUUACAAAACAGGGCAUUGAUUUCAUACAUGUCUGAGGAAACCAGGACUUAAAUCAUGUUUAUCAGGCCAUUUAGGAGAAUAGGGAAAGAAAUUACAUAUCAAUAUUUCUAUGAAAUAUUAAAUAUUAUUAUGAAAAUGUUGCCAAAUAUUACUCCCAUUAUUAAACUUCUUUUUCAUUAGGCUACAUGUUGCUCCAAGAACACAUUAAUAUGCAAAUUAGAUACAGACUAUAGAUGCAUUGCAUUGAAUGGGAAAAUUCAUGUAUGGCAAUUUUACCCACAUAUUGCAUAAAGUAAAAUAGUAUAUCAAUUCAUUCCAUUAUAUCUUUCAUAACAUAGAUGAGAAUCAUCUUUAAACAAAAUUUGGUUAAAAAAAAUCCUGAAACCUAAAAAUUGAUUGGUGAAUGAAAAAAAAAUGUCAUUUCAUGUCCUUUUAUUUUUUAAACAACUGAGUCCUGGUUUCCACUUAUGAGGACAUAGCAUAAUAUAUGAAUAACGUACAAAAUUCCAUUUGUUUUUAUGCUCUAAACAAUGUAAUGACAUGGAAAAAAUACUAAAUUUAAAAAAACAUUUUUCCCCAGGUUUAGGAGGAUAAUAUCAACAAAAAGAAACAAAAUAAAAGCAUAGAUAGAAGGUAUUACUUGUUGAAUUUGCUCUUUAAUUCAUUCACCUGUCUCUCUCUCUCGGCUGAGAAUCUGAGCAUUAAUUAUAAAGCGAGUGAUCAUGCAGUCUGCUGCCUGUAGCUCCAUUAAUAAAACACCCCGACAAAGGAUUUGAGAAAGAGAGAGCCUUGGUUUAAUUAAUAUUCAUUUCCUUUAUUUGUAGGCUAUGAUUGUUCUGCAUACAGUAUUGUCAAAAUGCCAAUACAACACACACACACACACACACACACACACAUACACACACAAUUCAAUUUGUUCAUUUUUGCUAUUUUCAUAACUUUCAUAAUUCAUUCUUCUGUAGUAGUAGGCUAUUUUGUCUUUUUAACUGUUUUAAUUUCAUGCUGAUAUUUUAUUUGUUACCAUUACUAGUUUAUUUGCACUUACAUUGCAUAAUUUUUGUCUUUCAUAAAGCACACUAAAACUGAUACUGAAUUUAGAGAGUGGGAAAGCAGAAGAGGGGUAAAAACACUGAGCAUAUAUGACCUCUGUGUCUUUAUAUUGGCCAUUUCAAAUUAUUUCAAAUAAGUCAAAUUAUUAAUUAAAUGAGAAUGACCUGUUGACACACACUCUUGUGUGGACUGUGUUCAUGGUCUGUAAUGUUCUCCUGCAUCCCACUUGAAAUUUGUGAUGUGUCAACCCCUCUAGUGGAGAAGAAUGGCUUUGCAUCCAGCAGCAACCAUAUCCUUGUGGCUGCGCAAGAUAUCUAUAAGAUUUCUGAAGCCAAGCUAGAUGAAAGUGAUGAAUCUUGUAAUGUAUAAGCAUUUCAUUUAUUCUUGGAUGAUGCAAGAUGGCGACGCUCUGCCCACUUGGUGUAUGUGUGUUUCACCUGUAUGCGAUUAGAGAGAAUUAUGCGUAAAUAAAGUUGGAAAGUAUUCUUAUUAUCCAUCUUAUCUUUAUAGACGGCUAUACAGACAUGCAUGGACAACAGGGAGCGACAUUAUAAAUCUGUCUUUUACAAAGCAAUGAGCUGUUGUCUAGUAUAAGGACUAUAGGCUAUAGCUAUUUUAUUAGUGCCUUCUUACUCUACUGAGGUGAAAAUUACCCAUACCAAAUAAGAAAUGAAAUUCUGAAAAAUAGGAAUUUUAUUAUAUCCAGUAGGAUAUUGUUUUAAGAAGGUUCUUGUUUAACUGGCUCUAAAUUAUGAUAGAUUUUCAUGUUUGCACUUCUUUUGGAUUAUUUGACAAUUCAGAAGUGGAACAAUGUGCAUUUUGCCAACACUUGUGUUUUGGUUCCACGCUCCAUACUUUUUCUCAAAGGCCUGUUUUAAUGAGUUAGAUUCAAAUAAAGGUUUUAACAAGGGUGGAAUGUGCUAUAGCCUGUGUAAUCCCCUGACAUAAUCUGUUUGUGGGCCUGCCCCUCUCUCUUCCUUUUUUCAACCAAACACAUGAUUCAGAUCAAGCCCCCUUUGAGGCUAGGCUAAAUAAACGCACAGAGAAAGUACAAUUCUGGACCAAAGUUCAACCUCAUGCUGUUACCGGUCCGAUAUUUAUACUAGUCACCACUUUUAAAACAAGAAAUAUGCAAUGGAAACAUAAGUGAAGGACCUUGCUUACUCUUGGCAAUACACUUUCACACGGCCGUCUGCCAGAUCAGGAAUAAGAAUUAGAAUAAGGAAUAAGAACUGCACUGUUGGGGCAUUCUUCCACAUUGCAAAACUUCUCUUCAGGACAUCGCCAAGGACAAGACAAUGCUGCUGCAUCCCCAGAUCUUUGUCCUUGCUGUCUUCCUUUGGAGUCUCCCACUACUUUCCCUGGCUGGGAAGAUUCUAGUGUACCCUGUGGAAGGAAGCCACUGGCUUAACAUGGACAUUCUGCUACGAGAGCUUCAUCAGCGAGGUCACAAACUGACAGUGGUCCGUUCUGCCAACAGUUGGUACAUCCCAGAGAACACCACACACUAUACGCCCAUCACCGUCCAUGUUGAGCACCUCAGCAGCCUGGAGGACCCCAAGUACAUGGCAUCCUUUCUUAAGAGAAACAUUGACAUUCAAAGAGGGGAAGGAUCAGUUUUGUCAUUCAUUGCCCUACAGAAAGAAAUCAUUACUCUUUUAGAAGAGUCGCACAAUUCCUCUGCUGAGAUGGUGAGGAUUAUCCUAGAAGACAAAAAGCUUAUAAAAACACUCAAAGAGUCCAAGUAUGAUCUGAUGCUAACCGAUCCUGGUUUUGCAGGAGGGGUCAUAUUGGGCGCGUACUUAGGUCUACCAAUGGUGUUCAACGUACGAUGGAUAACAAACGGAGAGGGGCACUUUGCAAUUGCACCCUCACCGCUUUCUUACAUCCCAACUAUCGGAUCCAGAGUAACGGACAAAAUGAGCUUUGCGAAUAAAAUGAAAAAUUUCUUGCAUUUUGGAAUCGGCCAAUACAUAGACCACAUGCUCACAAGGCCCCUCUAUCAAGGAGUUAUCAGCGAAUACAUAGACCCCAACUCCAACAUCUACACUCUGAUCCAAGGAGCGGAUUUGUGGCUCAUGCGAGUUGAUUUUGUAUUCGAAUUCCCUCGUCCUACUAUGCCCAAUGUGGUCUACAUUGGAGGCUUCCAGUGCAAACCCUCCAAACCUCUACCAGAUGAAUUGGAGAAGUUUGUCGAGAGUUCUGGAGAGCAUGGGGUGGUGAUCAUGUCUUUGGGUACUCUGCUUGGAAGUCUGGUUCCUGACAUAUCUGAGGUCAUCGCCUCUGCCUUCGCUCGCUUGCCGCAAAAGGUAAUUUGGAGGCACGUAGGGGAAAAGCCAUCUACGUUGGGGAAAAACACACUCAUUGUGGAAUGGUUGCCUCAGAACGACCUCCUAGGCCAUCCUAAAACUAAAGCUUUCGUCACCCAUGGAGGAACGAAUGGAAUCUACGAGGCUAUUUACCAUGGCGUGCCGAUGCUUGGACUCCCGCUCAUCUUCGACCAAUUCGACAACAUGAUUCGCCUGGAAGCCAGAGGGGUGGCUCAUGUGCUUGACGUCGCAACCCUGGAUGUAGAUACCCUAACGCAAGCCCUGAGGGACAUACUGGAUGAAAAUCAACAGUACCAGAAGAACAUGCGCAGAAUGUCAAGUCUACAUCGUGACACACCGCUUAAGCCAAUGGACAGCGCCAUCUUUUGGCUGGAGUUUGUCAUGAGGCAUAAGGGUGCGGCGCAUUUGCGCACAGAGUCCUACAAGCUUCCUUGGUAUUCCUACCACUGCGUGGAUGUGUUAAUGUUGAUAGUGAGUUUGUUUAUGGCAGUCUGUCUGAUCUUGGUCUUGAUGAGCAAGGCAUUGCUGAAAGUUUUUGUCAGGAAAAGAAAGGCCAAAAAAGAGUAGACAUCUUUGGUCGUUUUUUUUUUUGGCUAUAGGCUGAUAUCAUUAAUGCUGCUGUAUGUAAUUUCUGCACCACUUCCAAUGGGUUAAGGCCUGGUUAUUUUGCAUGGCCUUGUAGCUGGUAGAUACUCAACCAUCUGACUGGAAAAAAAACAUCUUUCUCCAUUAAUAAUUUUGCAAGCAACGUUUAAAUUGUAAAUAUAUCAAUUUAACCAAUUCCCAGUCUCACGAGUUCACACUUACAAAUAAUCGGAUAGAGUAAAAGAGCAUGCGUAUUUGGCGUGCUGACUGAGGGGGGCUCUGAGCUUGGAAUUUGGCCCAAACUAAGAGUACACCCCCCCGUAUACCUGGCUGGGAUAGGAACCAGGGUGCUGGAGGGAUGCAGAAAAAUGUGGAAGAACGUAUGCGAGUCGGCUAUGUAUAUAUGCCUCCUCUCGUGCUGAUUGGAUAGAUAAUUUGAACGUGUUCCUCUUAAAUUUUGUUAAAGGGUUAGUUCACCCAAAAAUUAAAAGUAUGUCAUUGAUUACUCUCCCUCAUGUCGUUCCACACCCGUAAGACCUUUGUUCAUCUUCAGAAAAUUUUAUGCCUCAGUGAGGCCUCCAUUGACAGCAAGAUAAUUAACACUUUCAAUGCCCAGAAAGCUACUAAAGACAUAUUUAAACAGUUCAUGUGACUACAGUGGUUCAAACUUAAUGUUAUGAAGCGACGAGAAUACUUUUUGUGCGCCAAAAAAAAAAAACCAAAAUAACGAUUUUACCCAACAAUACCUAAUGAUGGGUGAUUUCAAAACACUGCUUCAUGAAGCUUCGAAGUUUACGAAUCAUGUGUUUCGAAUCAGUGGUUCAGAGCACGUAUCAAACUGCCAAAGUCACAUGAUUUCAGUAAACGAGGCUUUUUUACGUGAUAAGUGUUUCGAAAUUUUAAUGGUUCACCACUGGGGGGGGUGUGACUUUUCUUUAGUAGCUUUCUGGGCAUUGAAAGUGUUAAUUGUCUUUCUGGCAAUGCAGGCCUCACUGAGCCAUCGGAUUUUAUGAAAAAUAUCUUAAUUUCCUUUCUGAAGAUGAACGAAGGUCUUACGGGUUUGGAGCGACAUGAAGGUGAGAAUUUUCAUUUUUGGGUGAACUAACCCUUUAAUAAAACAUUUAUUGGAACGCUCUUAAAAGCGUGAAAUGGACAUUCUUCAUUUCCGCUGCCUUUCACAGUUAAGUUUAGUCACUAGAGAUCAGCUAAUUGAAUUGCAGUUUCUAAACAGUUUUCCCAAACCCUCCCCCUAUCUGCCAUAAAUAAAAAAAAAUAAAUAAAUAAAAAAAA